AAGGACCUGUAAGGAUGGUCAUGUGACAGGGAAGAGGCGGAGCUCAGCAGGAUAGGAGAGGUGGUGGUGAAGGACCUGUGAGGAUGGUCAUGUGAUAGGAAGAGAACGAAGCUCAGGAUAGAAGAGGUUGUAGUGAAGGACCUGUGAGGGUGGUCAUGUGACAAGAAGAGGCGGAGCUCAGCAGGAUAGGAGAGGUGGUAGUGAAUGACCUGUGAGGAUGGUCAUGUGAUAGGAAGAGAACGAAGCUCAGGAUAGAAGAGGUUGUAGUGAAGGACCUGUGAGGGUGGUCAUGUGACAAGAAGAGGCGGAGCUCAGCAGUUGAAUCGAAACACAGACCGAGGAGGAUUAGACCAUUGAAGUCCAUGAAAUCUGCUGCAGAUUUAUCACUGAGGAAACUUCUCUGAUCCGUCCGUGUGAACGAGGCCUUACUGCAAUCUAAUAGGAGAAACAGCAGAGACCAGAGGGGGCGCCAUCUACAGCCCUGGAGGAGGGGGGUUGUUACAGUGUGUCACCCCAGUAGUAAGGAGAUUACAUGAGGAGGAGGUUCCUAUAAGGUGUCAGGAUGUGGCGGUCUAUUUCUCCAUGGAGGAGUGGGAGUAUGUAGAAGGACACAAGGAUCUGUACCAGGACAUUAUGGAGGAUCACCGGCCCCUCACAUCACAAGAAAAUCCCAGUAAGAAUUCUGAGGGAAACUUCAUGUUAUCCCUGAAUGAUAAAGGAGAAGAUGGAGAUAUGAUGGAGCGCUCCUCAGGAGAAGACCUCCUUACCCCUAAUGUCCAUCCAGAUCUAUCCUAUAAUAAUCCACCUGAUCAUGAGGAACCUUCUCCUGGCCAACCACACAUUGUUACCACAAGGACAGAUCAGGAUCAUGGGAAAGGUUUAUAUUGUGAGGAAUGUGGAAGAGAAUUUAAAAGUAAAACAGCUCUUGUUUCACACAGAAAAAGUCACACAAAAAAGAAGCAGUAUGUGUGUUCAAAAUGUGGGAAAUCCUGUAAAAGUCCAUCUGAGCUUGUUAAACAUGAGAGAAUUCACACAGGAGAGAAGCCAUAUUCAUGUUCAAAAUGUGGGAAAAGUUUUGCACAAAAAUCAACUCUUGUUAUACAUGAGAGAAUUCACACAGGAGAGAAGUUAUAUUCAUGUUCAGAAUGUGGAAAAUGUUUUCUAAACAAAGCAAAUCUUUCAAGACAUGAGAGAAUUCACACGGGAGAGAAGACAUAUUCAUGUUCAGAAUGUGGGAAAUGUUUAAGUAGUAAAUCAGCACUUGGUAUACAUGAGAGAAUUCACACAGGAGAGAAACCAUAUUCAUGUUCAGAAUGUGGGAAAUGUUAUACAACCAAAGCACAUCUUUCAGUACAUGAGAGAGUUCACACAGGAGAGAAGCCGUAUUCUUGUUCAGAAUGUGGUAAAUGUUUUAUACAAAAAUCACAACUUUCUAGACACGAGAAAAUUCACACAGGAGAGAAGCCAUAUUCAUGUUCAGAAUGUGGCAAAUGUUUUCUAAGUAAAUCAGAGCUUGGUAUACAUGAGAAAACUCACACAGGAGAGAAACCAUAUUCAUGUUCAGAAUGUGGCAAAUGUUGUAUAAGUAAAUCAGAGCUUGGUAUACAUGAGAGAACUCACACAGGUGAGAAGCCAUAUUCAUGUUCAGAAUGUGGGAAAUGUUUUAUAAGUAAAUCAAACCUCUCUAAACACAAGAGAAGUCACACUGGAGAGAAGCCCUAUUCAUGUUCAGAAUGUUGGAAAUGUUUUACAAACAAAGCACAUCUUUCAAUACAUGAAAGAGUUCACACAGGAGAGAAGCCAUAUUCAUGUUCAGAAUGUGGUAAAUGUUUUAGAAGUAAAUCAGAGCUUGGUAUGCAUGAGAGAACUCACACAGAAGAGAAGCCAUAUUCAUGCUCAGAAUGUGGGAAAUGUUUUAUACAAAAAUCAAAACUUUGUAGACACGAGAAAAGUCACACAGGAGAGAAGCCAUAUUCAUGUUCAGAAUGUGGUAAAUGUUUUAGAAGUAAAUCAGAGCUUGGUAUACAUGAGAGAAUUCACACAGGAGAGAGGCCAUAUUCAUGUUCAGAAUGUGGGAAAUGUUAUAUAAGUAAAUCAAACCUCUCUAAACACGAGAGAACUCACACUGGAGAUAAGCCAUAUUUAUGUUCAGAAUGUGGCAAAUUUUUUAUAUAUAAAUUACAACUUUCUGAACAUGUGAGAAGUCACACUGGAGACUGAUAGAUAAAAUAAUAAAUGAUAAAAAUAUAAUAUGGAGAAUGGAAAUCUGAGAUCUUAGGUAACAGUAAAAUGUGAUGUUUCUAAGUUUUGUUGUGAGAAUUAACCCUUGAAUAAACUUCAUAAUGAAACCUAAGCAGAAGCUAAAGCCAACAUCAUCUCUUGGUGAUCAGCACCUGGGGUCAUGUGACCUUUGUAGGUAAAUAACGGUAAUGAGAAGUAAUAUGUAAUGCUAUUGUGUAUCAUUUAGUAGUGACUUGUAGCUCUACACUACAGUAUGAUUGGAUGAUUUCUAUGGAUGAUAAUGAUUGGUGAUUACUAUGUAUUACCUCGGCCUCAUUUCCAUUAGAAAUAUUACUGAUUGUAUCUCAUGUGUCACUUCUGUCCUAUCAGGAUCAGGACACUUCUGUGUUGUCACCAAUAACCCUUAGGCCAGGGUCACACACAGGAUUUUGGUCAUAUUGUGUUAGAAUUCUUCUUAUAAUGGGAUUAGUCAUGUGAUGCGGUGUUAUUAGUGUGUAUGGGGUGUGAUGUCUUCUCUGAUUUACAGAACUGUACAGCGACUGACGUGGUCUGAUACAAUUCUGUAAAUGGAGGAGCAGACUGAUCAGUAUGGACCUGUGUAUAGGGAAGAGACACUGGAGUGAAGUGGGGGGUAACCAAUCCCGUCCAUCAGUCAGAAUAGCGCUCUUGUAGGUGACUGGGAGAACUGGUUCAUGUGGUCAGGAGUGAGAUAGGUCCCAUAUGGUGAAUGUAUGCAGCAUGUCCUGGGACUUCUAGUCUUUGUUGCUCUUUUUAUCUGAUGUCCUCCGCACAGCUCACAUACGCCCCCGCUCCUUUAUGGCUGAGGCCGGGGUUACACUCAGGUUACACACUAGGGCCACAUAUCCCAGAUGUCUAUAAAUUACCUCCACAUGGAUGUAAUUCUGGGGAAACACCUAUAAAUGACCCGUUCUCUUUAUUCUGUAGGUCCGUACGAUUACCAUACACCAUAUAUUUCGGUUUUCUUUUAUUUCACUACUUUAUAAACA